CGAGCCUACCGCCCGGCUACGUCAUGCUCGUAUUAUAAUAAUAAAUAAACAUAUAAUUUAACAAUGUCGAUUUUAAGAACGAUAGUGAGCAUUCGAAAUGUGAAUAAGUGUCGUAUGUCGUGUGUGUUGGUUCAAAACGAUAGAUUGGGGCCGAGAAACAAUGAAUCAAUCAGAUUGCAAGCAUCCCCGUUGGGAGGAGUGGGGAGACCGUUCCACACGACAAGUAUACUGGACAAGAUUGUAGCGUUCAAGCUCUCGGACAUCGGGGAGGGGAUACGAGAAGUUGUUAUUAAAGAAUGGUUCGUCAAAGUCGGCGACAAAGUACAGCAAUUCGACAAUAUCUGUGAAGUGCAGAGCGACAAGGCGGCGGUGACCAUCACAAGUCGGUACGAUGGCACCAUCACAAAGUUGUACGCUGAUGUUGAUCAGACGGCAUACGUGGGGCAGCCGCUUAUCGAUAUAGAAGUUGAAGAAGAUGGCGCCGAAGAUUCUACACCGAGUCCGCCUGAAGAAGUAAAGAAAGAUGCUGCCGCUCCAGUAACAAGUGACAGUCAAAGGAUUAGAGUUUUGACCACACCAGCUGUCAGAAGAAUAGCUGCGCAGUUCAAAGUAAACCUGAGCACCGUGAAAGCAACAGGCCGCAACGGCCGCGUCCUAAAAGAGGACGUACUCGCACACCUGGGUAUCAGCGCCGAAAAAUCAAACGAGGUGCCAGACGCCGUGCAAACUGUGCAAACACCGGCCAAGGCCGAGCCAGCUGACAGGACGGUGCCGAUUACCGGCUUCAUGAAGGCCAUGGUGAAGUCAAUGUCCGAAUCUAUGAAAAUUCCUCAUCUAGUUCUAAGCGACGAAUACGACGUUACAAAACUCUUCGAAGCCAGACAGAGCAUUAAAUCCCUAGCCGAGCGGCAAGGUGUAAAGCUCUCCUACAUGCCCAUCAUAGUGAAGGCAGCUUCGCUAAGCCUCACGGAGUACCCCGUAUUGAACAGCAGUCCCGACGCAGCCUGUGAGACACUCACGUAUAAAGCGAGCCACAAUAUUGGGCUGGGGAUGGAUACGCCAAAUGGUCUGGUUGUGCCUGUUAUUAAGAAUGUACAAAAUAAGAGUAUACUGGAAAUAGCGCGCGAGCUGAACGUUCUACAGGAGAAGGGGAUGAGAGGGCAACUCGGACUGAAUGAUCUCAGCGGAGGAACGUUCACAUUGUCAAACGUCGGGGUGGUUGGCGGAACCUAUGCUAGUCCUAUUAUAUUCUCACCGCAGGUGUCAAUAGGCGCACUAGGAAAAAUACAGGUCUUGCCGCGUUUCGACGCCGAAGGCAACGUAGUGAAGGCCCACAUCCUCACCGUGAGCUGGGCGGCCGAUCACCGCGUCGUAGAUGGCGCCACCGUCGCACGCUUCUCCAACCGAAUCAAGCAGUACCUAGAGAAUCCUUAUACGCUUCUAUUAGAUUUAUAACAACGGUUUUUAUUAUAUAAAAUAUAUUAUUAAUAAUAAAUGGA